CUUAAGAGCCUCGUAGUCUCCCAUGUCGUUUUCAUAAAUGAUAACUCGACUCGAGAAUUUUUCUCAAAUUGUCCCGUUCUUGAAGAUUUAGUCAUCUCAAGCUGUCGUUGGUUAAUAUGAAUGUGUUAUGUAUUUCAGCUCCUGCACUGAAGUGGUUGUCAUUUGAUGCCGAAAAUGCUUCAGGCUCUUUAGAUGAUAUUAGGGUUGAGAUUCAUGCACCAAAUUUACUGUUCUUCCGCUACUGGGAAUAUGUAAAGAGGAGUUAUGAUCUGCGUAACUUUACGUCAUUAACUUAUGCAGAGAUCGAUAUGUUUGUAGACAUGUCUCCAUUUACAAGGGAACAAAUAUACCACAGUGCACGAGAGCUUCUUGGUGGGCUUUCUAAUGUAGACCAUCUAAAAUUAUCUGUGGAUGUCUUCGAUGCACUCUCUUUUGAAGGAUAUCGUAUAAACAAUUUGCCAAAGUUUUAUAAUUUGACGUACUUAGAAGCCACUUUCAUGUUUUCUUGUUCGAGUAAUGGAGUUCUGCUGGACCUUCUCGAAAUCUCGCCUAAUCUAGAAUCACUUGUGUUUUCUGAGGGCCUUAACCCAAGCGAAUCUGAUGAUGAUGACACUUGGAAACUGAAUUUGAUGACCCCCUGUUUGCUACCCAAACUUAAGUCAAUUGAAGUCCAGAUUUUCAAAGGGACAUCCAGGGAGCUAGUCUUAGUAAUACAAUUUUUAAGAGAUGCAAGAGUCCUGCAGCGGAUGAAUAUCAAGUUUUCUAGUAGUUUAUCCAUAACUCAGAAAAACAAGGCCAUGGAGCAGUUACUAACUUUUCCCAGAGGCUCUCCAGGCUGUGUAGUUAAUUUCUUAUGA